AUGGCGGACGAAGCAACACAUGCUCGAAAGAGCAAAACGUUGUUUUUGAGAAAUCUGCCAUAUUCAACAACAAAUGAAAAACUUGAGGAGAUUUUUGGCGAUAUUGGACCACUGAAGACAUGUUUUGUUGUGAAGCCAAAAGGUGCAGAAAAAUGCAGAGGUUUUGGCUAUGUGGCUUAUUCCAUGUUGGAGGAUGCAGAGAAGGCCAAAGAUUCUAUCAAAUCCGUAGACGGGAGGAAGAUCAUGAUAACAUUUGCAGAGAGAAAAAAGGACAACAGAAUGCGAAUGGGUACAAAUAGGAGAGUCCCACCUGUCAAAGAAGAAGUCGAAGAAGAGAUGAAAAAGGAGGUUAUGGAAGAACAAAGUUCUGAGGAUGAAGACAGUGAAGAGGAAGAGAAAAAUGAAAAAACAGGUGGAAUGGACAAACAGCAGAUGAAGUAUCUGUGGUCUAAAACAUUACUAGUUUCUGGCUGGAAGAAUGGUACAUCCUUGGAUGAUGUUCAGAAAUACCUGACCAAGAUAAAUGUCAAAAACAUAGGCAAGUUGGAGUUUCCAUUAAGAAAUUGUGAGGAGCCAACUGCCAUGAUGAGAUUUAAAUCCAUUCGAGACACAAAAGCAGGACAGAGGAAACUUGAGGACAAUCAGGGCAAACAAGGGUAUGCUUUGAAUGUUAAGUGCCAGAAAGAUUGUUUCAAUGUAGUUUCACAAAGAGCAUUGAAACAGUGUAGACUUAUUGUCAGAAACCUGUCGUUUCAAUGCACAGAAGAUAAAUUGCAUGAAUAUUUUGAGAAGUUUGGGGACAUCACAGAAGUGAAGAUUCCACUUAAACCAGAUGGCAGAAAGCUUGGAUUUGGAUUUGUACAGUUUGAUAAUCAGGAAGCUGCAGACCAAGCCAUUAAAGGAAUGAACUCCAAACCUAUACUGGGACGUCCAGUAGCUGUAGACUGGACAUUGCCAAAGGACAAAUUCCUUGUAACUCAGACCAAGAUAAGACAAACAGCAUCCAGUGAAGAGGCCAGUAAGUCUCCAGUGACACCCAGAACAGAGGACAAAAAACCUGCGAUAAAACAGGAGAUAAAAAGUGAACUGAUCAGUGAUGAUGAUCAGGAUACAGCUUCUGAUGAGGGGUCAUUUAGUACAGAAAGUGAGGACAGCGACAAUGUAGAAGAUGAAGAAGAUUCAGAUGAAGAAAAUGAGCCUGAAUCUAACUUGGAUGAUGAAGGGUUUUCUGAAGCAGAAGAAAAGGAUGACGAAGAAGACACCAGUGACGAGGAAGAUAUGAAGAAUGAUUCAAGACAGCAGAAAAAUAAAAACAAAAAAAGAAGGAAAGAUGAUGUUGAGGAAGGAAGGACACUAUUUAUUAGAAAUGUUGCAUUUGAAACGUUUGAGGAAACAUUGGAAGAAGAGCUUGAAGAAUUUGGACCUAUCAAUUACUGUCGCCUGGUCAUGGAUCCAAGUACAGAGCAUUCUAAAGGCAUGGCAUUUGUGCAAUUUAAGACGGUAGAAGCAGCCAAAAUGUGUCUGGAGAAAGCUAAUGAUGAAUCCAGGGAUGGGGGAAUCACCGUGGACAACAGGAAGCUGUUCAUUGCAGUGGCAGUGAGUCGGGACAAGGCAAAGGACUUCAAACAGGUGGAGAAGAAAAAACAGGAGGAUAAAAGAAACUUGCACUUAGCAAGAGAAGGCAUGAUUCGGCCAGGGACACAGGCAGCUGAAGGCUUGUCCAAAGAAGAUCUUCAGAAACGUUUGAAGGUGGAGAACAUAAAAAGAGAAAAGUUAAAAAAUCCCAAUAUAUUUAUCUCAACAACUCGUCUGUGUGUCAGGAACCUACCUUUACAGCUUACAGACAAGGAACUCAGAAAGGUCUUCUUAAAGGUUGCUGCUGACAGAACAGCUGUCAUUAACGAGAGUCGAAUCAUGCGAGACCUAGAGAGAGUAAACGGCCAAGGAAAAGCCAAAUCCAAGGGCUAUGGCUUUGUCAACUUUACCGAGCACAAGCAUGCUUUGCAGGCACUCCGAACGGCAAAUAAUAACCCUGAUCUCUUUGAGGAAAAACGACGUCUUAUUGUGGAAUUUUCUCUGGAAAACAAGGCAGCUCUACAGGCAAAAGAGAAGAAAAUAGAAAGACAUAAGGCAAGACAAGCACAACUGCAACAGAAGCAGGAGAAUGCUGUGACCAGGACAGAAACAGGGAAUAACAAAAGGAAAGGAGAAGAAAAACAAAACCAGAAACCUAAAAUGAAAGACAAAUUAUCAAAUAAAUUUAUUGGUAAAAUUCAACAUGAUGAUGAUGCUAAUGAGAAAAAACUGCCAAAAGGCCUUCCAUCUCAUUGGGGACCUAAGGUGCGGCACAAACCUCGACCAGCCAAGCUGGAGUUAGAGAAAAAAGAGAAAAAGAAAGCCAAGAAAUUAAGACAGAAGCAGUUACAGGGAGAGGCAGUGAAUUUGAAACCUACCAGCAUCAAACGGCAAUACACAGAACCUCUAGAACAGGGCCCUCCUUUGAAAAAGAAAAGACACUCAAGCAAACAAAAGGUGGAUGACUUUGAUAAACUUGUCAACAGAUAUAAACAAAAAUUUUCAUCAGCUAAAACCAGUUCCAAGUGGUUUGAGAGCUAAUACCAUCCAUAUUGAUUUCAUCUAUAUAUAAAUAUAAAUAUGAACCUGAAAGAAUUUGUUUUAUUUGUGGUAUUUCCUAUGUUAAC